GAGAAUGUUUGUCAGGUUAUGGUGAUGGUGGUGAUGGUGGUGGAUGAGGUUUCAGAAAAAGGAGACCCUGGCAGCCCAGGUCCAAGGUAGCUCUACUGAGCCCACAUGACAAUUCUGAAGUGCUUUGUUUUUUUUAUUGGAAUUGUGUCCAAAUUCAUCGCCGUGCUUGUUCUCCCUCCAUUUUGUAGGCUUCUUCUUGCAUUGGAACAACAAUCCUUUCAACUACGUAGUUCAAUGCAAUAGUGAUUGAUAUAAGGACAAAAGCCAGGGACAAAAUGUACUUCAAAAGCGUGAUUGCUCUUCUGAUAUUUGGCUCGUUGGAUCUUGCCACCACGGUUCCUGUUCCGGACGAAGAUUCGUCGCUGGAAAAUGAAUUUGCCGUUGGUGAUGCCAUCAAGAAGGAGAUCAAAACGGUUAUGGGAGCCACUUGCGUGACUGAUGGAGGGUGUUCGAUUAUCAGUUAUUGCUACAAAGAAACACUCAUCGAAGGAUUAGAAGUGGAAAGCGUUGUUGGAACUUGUCGACUUACAUGGUGGUUCAUCUUGGGUGCACUCAUAGUCAUCUUAUUGCUCUUGUUCACAUGUUGCUCAUGUAUUUGCUUGCCGUGUUGUUGCCUUUAUGAUUGCUUUUCAUCUUUAUGCUGUUGCUGUUGUUAGAAAUCACCAAUGAUGCAUAUUGUGGAACAAUCAUUUUCCAAUCCACCUCAGGACUUUACUUAUCUUGUUGGCAAUGUUCAAAAGUGACAGAAUCAGUGGGCAUUCCAUUAAUGUUUAUAACACUUCUCUUUGGACCUCGAAAUUGAAACCUGACGAACUGUGAUGAACCAUGCAACCAAAUCUUCCAAUGAAAUACAACGAAAGAUCAAAACAAGAA